CAUGGUGAGGUCCUACCUUGUUACCUUUUCAUGUUCUUGUUCUUUGGCAAAUGCUAAUCUCUUACCCGAGUUCUCAAAAUUCGACCAAAAUUUGCCUACAUUAACUCCCUAAUUUUUGCAUUCAAACUAAUUUCACAUCUCUCUCCACAUAUAUAACAGCCUUUUUCCCGAAACACAAACAUCACCCACCAAUCAACAUAAUUAACUAUCAUGGGAACCCUCUACCGAAAGCCCCCUCCAGCUGAUCUUCUCCAAGACCUCAAGAUCACUAUCCAUGACACUUUUCUGGUUUUUCCAUCCCAAGAAACUCAGAGAAAGUCCAUCUUCUUAUCAAAUAUAGACCAAGUGCUCAACUUCGAUGUCCAGACAAUUCAUUUUUUUCCAUCCCAUAAAGAUUUUCCCCCUCAUGUUGUGGCCGAGAAACUAAAAAUUACUCUUGAAAAAUUACUAGUGACAUAUGAUUUCUUAGCUGGAAGGUUGAAGAUGAACCCUGAAACGGGUCGUUUAGAGAUUGAUUGUAAUGCCACUGGAGCUGGGUUUGCGGUGGCAUCUAGUGGGUGUGGGCUGGACGAGGUUGGAGACUUGGUUUAUCCAAAUCCAGCGUUUGGGCAACUCGUUCUCAAGAGCAUGGAUAUCUUGGACAAAGAGGAUCAACCACUCUGCAUAUUUCAGGUGACAUCAUUUAGGUGCGGCGGCUUUGCAAUCGGCAUAUCAACAAACCAUGUCACAUUUGAUGGAAUAAGCUUCAAAACCUUCUUAGACAACUUGGCCGCCGUGGCUGCCGGCAAACCUUUAGCCGUCAUCCCAUGGAAGGACCGUCAGCUCCUAGCCGCUCGCUCCCCACCACGCGUCACCUUCCCCCACCCAGAGCUGCUCAAACUCAACACUCCCCUGGCCCAAGAAUCAAAUGCUCCGGUCUUCGACGUUUCCGAAGAAGCACUAGACUUCAAGAUUUUCAAGCUAACCUCCUCUGACAUCUCCAACCUGAAAGAGAAAGCCAAGACCCAUAAUGCCCGCAUUUCAGCCUUCAACGUGGUGACCGCUCACAUCUGGAGGUGCAAGGCUUUGUCAUAUGAUAUUGGAGAUGAUGAUGAUGAUGAAGAAGAAAUAGGGCAAGAUCUGGAAAGGGUGUCGACGAUUCUUUAUGCUGUGAAUAUUAGGCCAAGAUUGUCACCUCCGCUACCAGCUUCAUACGCAGGAAAUGCAGUGUUAACAGCAUAUGCAAGUGCAAAGUGCAAGGAACUUGAAGAAGGACCACUAUCAAGAUUGGUGGAGCUGGUAGGAGAAGGGGCAAAGAGAAUGAGUGAUGAGUAUGCAAGGUCUGUUAUAGAUUGGGGUGAGAUAAACAAGGGAUUCCCACAUGGGGAGUUUUUGGUAUCGUCAUGGUGGAAGUUAGGGUUUGAAGAAGUGGAGUAUCCAUGGGGUUGCCCAAGGUAUAGUUGCCCACUAGUGUAUCACAGGAAGGACAUUAUCUUGGUGUUUCCAGAUAUAGUUGACAAGAAUGGAGUGAAUGUUUUGGUGGCCCUCCCAAGCAAGCAAAUGGGGAAGUUUGAAAUCCUCUUCCACAAAUUCUUGUCAGCUUGAAACCUCAUAGAUCUGUGCUUGUGUCAUGCGUGUGAUGCUUUUAUUACUAUGUUAGCUAAAAGUUGGAAUAUGUAAUAAGGAAAUUUAAAAAAUAUAGGCAUGAUCAUCAAAGAAUCUUCAAAAACAAACAACAAGGGCAUAUAUCAUAUUUGGAAAUUGUUUGUAACA